AUGAAAGAGAAGCAAAUUAGCUGCAGCCAGCUGCAGCAAACGGACAAGCAGCAGGCAGCAGCAGCAGCAUCUGCUGCUGCUGCAGCAACACCCCUCAUUGCUACCCUCAAUCCUAACCACAGCAGCAGCAGCAGCAACCUCGCAGCAGCAGCAUUCAGCUUCGCAGCAGCAGUCUGGACCGCUGCUGCAGCAGCAACCUCGCAGCAGCAGAAGCCUCAAAAGCAGCAGCACCGAGCCGCAGCAGCAGCUGCCGAGAACAGCAACAUAAAAGAUGCUGCAGCAGCUGCAGCAAGCAGCAGCAGCCACAGGCGAAAUAGGAAGACCGCUGGCAGCAAGAGAAACAGCAGCAGCAGCAGCAGCAGCAGGAAGAUGCCGCCUCCUGCUGCUGGCAGCGCUUCCGAGCGCGCAGCUGCUGAGGCCCCGUCUUCUCGCGGUGUCUCAGGAGCAGCAGCAGCAACAGCAGCAGCAGCAGCAGCAACGGCAGCAGCAGCAACACCAACAACGACAACGGGACUCGCCGCCGCGGCCUCCCUUCUGCAGCAGGGAUCCCCGGCAGCAGCAGCAGCUGCUGCUGCUGCUGCUGCAGGGGCUGCAUCCGCUGCUGCAGCUGCUGCUUCGCAGGGGAACCCAGCAACAACGCCGCCUACAUCGGCAGCAGCAACAGGAGCAGCAGCAGCAGCAGCAGCAGCAGCAGCAGGUUCGGAGCUCGAUGUGGAGGCCGACGUCCACACCCUGUUCCAAAGGCUCUUCUUGGGGGGCGCGUCUGCGGACCUGGUUCUUGCUGCUCUGGAACGGGGGAGUUCUGCUGCUGCUUCCGCUCACGAAGCAGCAGUUGUGUCUCGGUUUCUCUCCACUUUAUUUCGAGAAACGCGGCACCUCCCGCGCUACCCGCUGAAAGAGCUGGCAGCAACAGCUGUGCUGCUGGGGCAGCUGCUGCGGCAGGGUUCGGCUUCGGGGGUUGUGGUGCCGGGGCCUAUGGCGCUGAACAUGCAGAAUGAGAGGUUUCCGAAGAUCCUGGAGCAGCAGCAGCAGCACUUGCUGCAGCAGCAACAGCAGCAGCAGCAGCAGCAGCAGCAGCAGUUGCUGCCGCACGAGCACCAGCGCGACGCUUCGCAGCAGCAGCAGCAGCAGUUCGGGGUUUUGGGCGGCGGCAGCAGCAGCGGGGGCAGCAGCGGCGGGACGCCGCUGCCGGGCCUGUCGGCGAGCAACAGCGCGGCAGCAGCAGCAGCAGCAGCAGCAGCAGCAGCAGCAGCGGGCAACAGCAGCAGCAGCGGGGCGAGCCUGCUGCUGCAGCAAGGCGGCAGCAUGGAGGCGCUGCUGUCGCGAGACGAAGAGUUCAUCCAAGACCUCGUGGCGCCUCCGAGCUGGUUCAAAGAUGCUGCUGCUGCUGCAUGCAACAGCAUUUGUGCUGCUAAUGUUGCUGCUAAGGCGCUGCAGCUGCAGCAGCUGCUGCAGCCGGAGUUCGUCCCCUGGCUGUCUCUUUAUUUGGUGAAGAACAGAGCCACGAAGGAGCCGAACCACCACGCGGUGUACAUCCAGUUCAUUUUGCUGCUGCAGCAGCCGCGCCAGGAGCUCGAGCAGCAGCAGCAGCAGCAGCAGGAGCCGCAGCAGCACGCGGGCAAGCCGCAGCAGGCCCAGCCCCCGCAGCAGCAGCAGCAGCAGCAGCCCGCCGCGGAGAAGCCGGGGGAGCCCUUGCAGUCCCCCCCGCAGCAGCCCCAGCAGCAGCAGCAGCAGCAGCAGCAGCAGCAGCAGCAGCAGCUGGUGGUAAUGGACUCUGUGGUCUCAACUACUUACGAAUGCGUCAAAGCUUUGCUGCGCUUUGUUGCAACAGCAAAAGACUCUUCGGCUUUCCGCACAGUUCUUAAGAACUUGGGCCUCUGGCUGGGCAGCAUCACCAUCGCCAGAAACAAGCCGCUGCGGUCGAAGCACGUGGACCUGAAGAAGCUGCUGCUGUGUGCGUACACCUCGGGGCAGCUGGUGGCAGUGCUGCCUUUCGUUUGUCGAGUUUUGGAAAGUGUUUCCAUUUCUAAAGUUUUCAAACUUCCCAAUCCCUGGACUGCUGCUCUCGUCAACCUCCUCGCCGACUUCCACAGGCUCCCCCACCUCAGGACGAAUUUGGUAUUUGACAUCGAAGUGCUUUUUAAAAGACUGGACAUAAAUGUGGCGGACUACGGCAGCAAAAGCAGCAUAAUUGCUGCUCUUCCUUUGCCAGUGGACAGCGCGGACUUUGUGGUGCGGCCGCAGCAGCAGCAGCAGCAGCAGCAGCAGCACGAGUCGGCAGCAGCAGCAGCAGCAGCGGCGGCGGCGGCGGCGGUGCGCGGCGGGCAGGUGCAGCAGCAGCAGCCUCCUGCGGGUCUCUUUGCGCCGGACGAGAGGGGGGUCAGGGCGUUGGGUUUGCUGCUGCAGCAGCAGCAGCAGCAGCAGCAGCGUUAUGGCGCGGCCUCGCUGCCUUUGGAUUCGCAGCAGCAGCAGCGGCUGCUGGACGCGGCGGCUGCUGCUGCUGCU